UGGAGUGAGUUUUGCCCGAGUCUCCAGCAAAGCUGGAAGCAGGCAGCAGCCACAUGGAGAUCUCCAGCUGCAGAGGGUGAGAAGAAGGCUGCGUUUUGCCCAUGCCUGGCUGGAAAGAGACUAUCAAGACGAAACCUGGAAUGGGGGGAUCCUAGGAGGCCAGAGGCCAGAUCAUUCCCCCCACCCCUACACACACACACCAAACAAAAACAAGGAGGCACUACAGAGCUCUCUUAGAUCACUAAGGAGGAGAGCAAAGAGGCUGAAGAUAUGCAGCUGACUCGGUGCUGUUUCAUAUUUCUUAUCCAGGGGAGCAUCUAUCUUCUGGUAAUCUGUGGCCAAGAUGAGGCAACAGAAGAGGAGGAAGAAGAAAAUGGAAAAUCUUCCAAAGCUCAACAAAGACCCCGAGUGCAAAAGAAAAAAGCCCAAGUCUCCUUAAAGUCUUCUGUGACCCCAUCUUACUUCCAGAACACAACUCUCUUAGAAUUGGCCUCCAGUAAUGCACCAGAAUUUUGGAAUAUCCUAGAUAGUCUGUCCAAGCAGGGAAAAGGCAAACAACCUCGUGGAAGAAGAGAUUCCCUCACCAACCCUAGUCAGUUCAAGAAAAUAUUUGGGUGGGGUGAUUUCUACUCCAACAUCAAGACAGUAAAACUCAACCUCUUAAUUACAGGCAAAGUGGUUGAUCAUGGGAAUGGCACAGUCAAUGUGUUCUUUCGGCAUAACUCCACUGGCCAUGGGAACAUCUCGGUCAGCUUGGUGCCACCAAACAAAGCAGUUGAGUUUGAUCUUGAGCAACAAAUCUUCAUAGAGGCAAAAGAAUCAAAGAUCUUCAACUGCCGAGUGGAGUCUGAGAAGGUGAGCAAAAUGAAGAAGACUACCCUGUGCACUUAUGACCCUUCUAAAACCUGCUUCCUGAACCACACACAGAGCCAGGUCUCCUGGGUUUGUUCCAAGCCAUUCAAAGUUAUCUGUAUCUACAUAACCUUCUACAGCAUAGAUUACAGACUUGUUCAAAAAGUGUGUCCUGACUACAACUACCACAACAAUGUUCCUUAUUACCCCUCUGGGUGAUGACAUACCUCUUUUGAAUUUAAAGCAACCCAUGUCUCAAAUGUCACUUCAUUGGGGAAGGAAAAUAGACUAUGAAAAGAUUGAACCAUGCUUCACCAACGCCAGGCAUACCAAUGCCAGGCAUCCGGCUUCUACUAAGAGACAUUGAGUUUGGAGAAGAAAUUGAGAGGACAUGAAUGGACAUAUCAUCCCUGGAACACUUUACCCUUUCAUGUAUACAUUUAGCCAAAAUAUUUCAGUGCUUAUGGUGGAAAGCCCAAACUGCACUUUCAUUUCAUCAUUGCUAUUUAACAAGUGAUGUAAUCCAUUAGGGGUACUACUGUUGAGGUUUGUACCUAUCAACAACCACAUUUGGGGGAAGCAAUCUGUAGGAGGUCAUGCAUCAAAAAUGCAUAAAACUCAAGCAGACAGUGGUCAUGGUCAGAGUCAAAAGUGGAAGAGGCCAUAUUUUGACGUGUCUUUUUCUUUUUGUUAUUGCUCUUUCUAGUUUCCCUUUGCUUCUUUCUCAGUAUCCCUGUGACUGAUGCUAAGAGAGAAUAUUCUUGCCUGAAAUCUGAACUUUGGAAUCAUUCAUAGAAUUUAGAUGAAAUUAGAUGCUUCUUGAUUAUGCCACAUUGUUCACCCAAACAUUAUUUUUUUUUUUAUGAAUGGCUGCUGUUUAACACUUUUUCCAGUAACAGCCCCCAUGGAUCACAUGGAAGAUAUCAGGGUUCCAGAUGGGAGAGAUCCAGUGGAACCUUGGUAGAAAUAAACUUUUUUUUUUAUCCCAUCCGCUUCCUUGCCUGAGCAUUUCACCAUGUCAUCCAUCCCCUUGCAUUUUAUCCAGUUUAAUAUCACUAAGUUUAAUUUUAACUCACUAAAAAUUAACAGCCAAUAAGAGGAGCUGGAUAAAAAAAGACUUGGAAGGCUGUAUUGGGGUAUCUGUAUCUGAGUUCUCAGA